AUGCGCUUUUCGCUCGCCACAACGCUACUGGCGCUUUCUAGCGCCGCCUCUGCCGCCGCGCAAUGGGGCUUCGUGGAUGGUUCCGUGACUGUCGCCGCCAAGGGCGGAGAGGGAAUCACUGAGAAAUUCACGUCUGCGGCCAAAGCCAAGACCGAAGUCGCAUUAGGCCACGUCAGCACGCUGAAGCUUUCUCUGACCGCCGAGGAGGCAGGCAAGGCCAAGCGCCCGCACCAGGCGUUUCUCGUCCUCCGAGAGACAGCUUCUGGGCUCGAGGCUCCAUUUCCCCUGACGAUUAAGGAGUCGGGCAAGGGCACUGUGAAGCUGACGCAAAAGGACCUCCCCAUUCAGCUCCUCAACUCAGCUACGCCUCUAGAAGCCAAGAUUGUGCUGGGUUCCUUUGGCUCCUCCAAGGCGAUUGUGGCAUCUGUGUUUGACAUUAACGUCGUGCGCGACCCCAGCCACGUCAACACCUACGAGGCGCCUCUGCGAUACGGCAAGCGGCCCGAGAUUCACCAUAUUUUCCGUGCCGAUCCCAAGAACCCGCCCAAGGUUAUCUCGCUCGUGUUUGCGGGCGCCGUCCUGGCCGCCAUCCCGGUCUUGUUCAUCAGCUGGCUUGCUCUCGGUGCCAACCUGAGUCACGCCAGCAAGGCCCUCGGCGCGGCUCCCGUUUCGCACGCCGUCUUCUACGGCUCCAUUGUGGCGAUGGAGGGCGUCUUCUUCCUGUACUACAGCACCUGGAACCUGUUCCAGACGCUCCCUGCUAUUGUGAUUGUGGGCAUCGUUGCGUUUCUGAGCGGCAACAGCGCUCUGGGCGAGGUGCAGCGUCGCCGUCUAGCGGGCGAGAGAUGA